AUGUCCCAACUUAAUGUAAGAGUCGUAGUAUGUGGAGAUGACUCUGUUGGUAAGUCAUCUCUCAUAGCUACUCUCAUAAAUGAAACGUUUGUCCCAUCGAUCCAGGACGUAUUACCGCCAAUAACCAUAUCUGGAGAUGAUUAUGAUAAUAGUUUCCAAGAGCAUCCUAUAGAUAAUGGUAAGAUUCGUACCAUAAAGAAGUCUCGAAGAAAUUCGUCCAGAAAGGACAGGUAUGCUGUCCUGAAGUAUAUUCCUAAUAAGACAGUGAUUAUAGAUACUGUAUCCAGUGAUAUGACUCUACUACAAAAGGAAUUAAAACGUGCUGAUGUUAUAUGGCUUGUAUAUUCCGAUCAUUAUACUUAUGAAAGAAUAUCCUUACAUUGGAUGCCCAUGUUUCGGUCUAUGGGAGUUAAUUUACCCAUAGUUCUUUGUGCCAAUAAGUCCGAUCUAAUUGGCAAAUCCACCUUAAAGACUCAGAAUUCUGAUGAGUUUGUACCGUUAAUUAAGGAAUUUAAAGAGAUUGAAGCUUGUAUUCGUUGUAGUGCUAAGACCAAUUCUAAUGUGGUGGAGGCAUUUUAUUUAUGUCAACGAGCUGUAACUCAUCCUAUUUCUCCUAUAUUUGAUUCAAAGGAAGGUAACUUAAAGCCAGCCGCAAUUUCUGCUUUGAAACGAGUCUUCUUCCUAUGUGAUACGGAUCAAGAUGGAUAUUUGAAUUUCAAUGAAUUGUCUGAUUUACAUAAAAAGUGCUUCGGAAUCGAGGCUACUGAAGAUGAAUAUACUAGUAUAAAAGUUGCUAUAGCUCAAAAGUUAUAUGAUAAUGAAGAUUCAGGUAUAUCAGAAGAUGGAUUCAUAUUACUUAAUAAAAUAUAUGCUGAAACCGGUCGUCAUGAAACUACUUGGGGUAUACUACGAGCUUUUCAUUAUACAAAUUCCUUAUCAUUAAGUGAUAAGUUCUUAUUCCCCAAAUUGGAUGUUAAUCCGAAUUCCAGUGUAGAAUUAAGUCCUAGUGGUUAUCGAUUCUUUGUUGAUUUAUUCAUUAAAUUUGAUAAAGAUAAUGAUGGAGGUUUAAACGAACAAGAGUUGAGUACUUUAUUUCGUCCAACUCCUGGAAUUCCUAAGUUAUGGCAAGAAUCUCAUUUCCCAUCUUCAAUUGUAUGUAAUGAAGAAGGUUAUGUAUCCUUACAAGGAUGGUUGGCUCAAUGGAAUUUAACUACUUUCUUGGAUUAUAAAUCCACCUUGGUUUAUUUGGCAUAUUUGGGAUUUAAUGAAGAUACUUCAAUAAAGGCUCUAAAGAUAACAAAACCUCGUAAGAGACGACAAAGACAAGGUAAGUUCUAUAGACAGAAUGUUACGGAUCGAAAUGUAUUCAAUUGCUUUGUUCUAGGAGCUCCCAAAUCAGGAAAGAGUUCAUUAUUAGAACUGUUCCUCCGAGGCUCCUAUAGUGAAUUAUAUUCUCCUACUAUUCAGCCUCGACUCUGUAUAAAAGAUAUUGAAUUGAGAGGAGGGAAGCAAUGUUAUUUGAUAUUAGAAGAGUUAGGAGAACUCGAACCGGCGAUCCUUGAAAAUAAACAGAGAUUGGAUCAAUGUGAUGUUGUGUGUUACUGUUACGACUCGUCUGAUCCGGAAUCGUUCCAGUACUUAAUUGAUUUAAGAGAGAAAUACGCUGGAUCUCUUGAUGAGAUUCCCUGUGUGUUCGUAGCGCUUAAGGCUGACUCUGAUAAACAGCAGCAGAGGGCAGAUGUCCAACCGGAGAAUUAUACGAGAGAUCUUUACUUAGGGUCACCCGUUCACAUCUCAUCGGCCUGGUCAUCAUCGGUUCAUGAACUAUUCAUUCAAUUAGUAGAUGCCGCCAAAGUGCCUAGUUCGGCUACCCCCGGAUUAGAGAAGGAGCCAGAGACACCCGACUAUGAAAAUUUGAAGCAUGUGGUUAUGGCCGGUGGUGCUAUUACGGUAAUGACGUUAGCCUGUGUUUGGAUAUGGCGGAGUUCUAUACAGAGCUCCCAUAGUUAA